AUGAUCUUAUUGCGCAUCCUGGGAGGAGAAGGGAGAGGGGUGGGGGAGGAGGGGGGAAGAGGAGGCGAGGGAAUGGGGCAGGCAAGGGGAGUAACUGGGGAGCACGAAGCAACUGUUGGGCUGAACCGCUUCAUGUCGCACCCGUUGGGCUGCCAGCGCAGGCGCUCGUAUUUGCCCUUUCAACUCUACCAACCCCAGCGCUCGUACUGGCGCAUCUCAAGCGGGCGGUUGCUGCGCGCGCACGCAAAGCUGGUAGAGAUCCACGCGCACUUCUCCCCCGAGUAUAGUGGUGGCUGCUGCGUGCGCACCCACCGCCCCUCGUACAGGUCGCACAGCGGAGCGGCAGGAACGGCAGAGAAGGCGGGGACGGCAGAGAAGGCGGGGACGGCAGAGAAGGCGGGGAUGGCAGAGAAGGCGGGGACGGCAGAGAAGGCGGGGACGGCAGGGGUGUCAGGGGCGGCAGGGCCGGCAGGGCCGGCGGGGGCAGCGGGGGCGGCGGUGGUGGCAGGGGCGGCGGGGACGGCGAGCGCGGCGGCAGGGAAGGCGAGGCGCGGGGGGGCGGCGUAA